AGAGAGAGAGAGAGAGAGAGAGGGGAGAGACAGCAGGGGGGAGAGAGAGAGAGAGGGGAGACGUGGAAGUUAUAGGCACAGCACGAUCUGUCUGUUAUCGGUCUGCUUUGCGGCCAUGUCUAUGCUCCCCACGUUCGGCUUCACGCAGGAGCAAGUGGCGUGCGUCUGCGAGGUCCUCCAGCAAGGGGGGAACAUCGAGCGGCUGGGGCGCUUCCUGUGGUCUCUCCCCGCCUGCGAGCACCUCCACAAGAACGAGAGCGUCCUCAAGGCGAAAGCCGUGGUGGCCUUCCACCGGGGCAACUUCCGAGAGCUCUACAAGAUCCUGGAGAGCCACCAGUUCUCGCCGCACAACCACCCCAAGCUGCAGCAGCUGUGGCUCAAGGCGCACUACAUCGAGGCCGAGAAGCUGAGGGGCCGCCCGCUGGGGGCCGUGGGCAAGUACCGCGUCCGGAGAAAGUUCCCCCUGCCCCGCUCCAUCUGGGACGGGGAGGAGACCAGCUACUGCUUCAAGGAGAAGAGCAGGAGCGUGCUGCGGGAGUGGUACACGCACAACCCCUACCCCUCCCCGCGGGAGAAGAGGGAGCUGGCGGAGGCCACGGGGCUCACCACCACGCAGGUCAGCAACUGGUUCAAAAACCGGCGGCAGAGAGACCGGGCGGCCGAGGCCAAAGAGAGGGAAAACAACGAGAACUCCAACGCCAACAGCCACAACCCAUUGACUUCUUCCAUGAAUGGAAAUAAAACUAUAUUGGGGAGUUCGGACGACGACAAAACGCCCUCGGGGACGCCGGAUCACACGUCCUCUAGUCCGGCCAUGCUGCUGGGCUCCAACCCCGGCCUACCGCCCCUGCACGCGCUGGCGCCUCCGCCGGGCCCCAGCGCCGUCCCCGUGCCCAGCUCGGAUUCGGUGCACCACCACCACCACUCGCUGCACCACGACACCAUACUGAACCCUAUGUCUUCUAAUUUGGUGGACCUGGGCUCCUAAAACAAGCGGCGGGUCGGGGCGGAGGAGACGCCGUGUGGAAAAGUAACUCUUCUUCUUCUUCUCUUGUUUUUUUUUCUUGUUUUUUACUCGGAGGCAUGAAACAGUUGCUCAAGCACUUGCGGCAAGGUGCAAAGGCGGACACGUGGGGAGGAGAGUCGCGCGUUGAGGCUGAUGUGAUGCGCGCGCGCACACUCUCUCUCUCUUUCUCAGACACACGCACGCACGCGCGCGCGGUGAAGCGGUUUAAGGGCGAUUAGGUAAAAAAAAUAAAAUAAGUAUUUUACCGGAAUGUAAAACAAAGUAACAGGUUAUAUUGUUGAAAACAAUAAAAUGUCUUAAUGGUUGUUACUAUUAAUUAUCCUUGUUGCUUUAGGGGCUCGUAGAGCCGGGCUGUGGAUGUACCCACACACCCGCAGGCGCCAUCGCCCCUCAUGUUUACACAGGGUUUCCAACAGAGCCAUACACCCUUUCUUUUGUUUUGUUUUGUUUUGUUUUUUGUUUUGUUUUGUUUUGUUUCGGGGUUAUCAUUCAAGUGUCUUAUAUCUCAGCAAGCGAGAAGGUGAAAUAUCUUAAUCUCUUGAUAUUAUAAUUAUUAUUAUUUGUAUUUUCAUUUGGAGAAAAAAAAGACUGCAUGUAAACUUUGCGAUAAAUAAUAAAACAUAAACGAAACCAGUCACCUAUAGUUUCCUAUUAAGCCUUUACAAUAAAAGAAGCAGAACA